GCGUAAUGAGAAGGCUUCCUGUUUCUGUAAGAGGGUCUGUCGGAGGUUUCUUCCUUUUCAAACUUAAACAAUAGCUAUAUCUUUUGAAGAUAAUUUGAUACAGCUUCUCAGUGUUUCAAAUGUAUUUACUUGAACAGAUUACUACCAAAGUGACAGUUACAAAACUCAUACAGCUGCACAGUUCUCACUGGGAGUGUGUUUGAAUUAACCCGCAAAGCAAGAAUAAUCACCAAGCAACUCUGAAUACUCUGUGACAAGAACAACCUGUUGACUGGACCAAAAAUGUCUUCUGGAUUGGAACGUGUCAUCCUGUUCUCGAUUCUUGGUCUAGGAGAAUUUCUGAUGCUGUUUUUAAUGUACCAUAAAUCAGUUCCAUCUCAGAUCUGCCCCCCCGAGCCUGCUUUGCCAGGUCCUUACUCAAAGCGACCUGAGAACAGGUCCUUGUCUAAGCAGCCAGAGCCAGAAAAGCCCAUCAUGCUGUUGUGGUUCUGGCCUGAAAACCGCAGGUUUGAUUUUAGCGAUUGUGCCACUUUCUUCAACAUUGAUGGCUGCCACCUGACAGAUGACAGGUCUCUGUACAACAAGGCAGAUGGUGUGCUCAUCUUUCACAAAUCCAUCAAACGCGAUUUAUCCAACUUGCCUCCAUCACCUCGACCACCAUUCCAGAAGUGGAUUUGGUAUCACGUAGAAUCACCUACAAACACAAUUAGGAUACCUGGUCUAGAUAACCUUUUCAAUUUGACCUUGAGUUAUAGGGAAGACGCAGACAUCCCUGUUCGUUGGCGUUUGACUGCAAGGAAAAGCCAGGGUGAAGACUUUGUGUUGCCAAAGAAGGAUAAAUUAGUUUGCUGGAUUGUGAGUAAUAAAGACCCUGCAACUGGAACAGGGGUACGGAAUAACUAUUACGGAGAACUUGCCAAACAUAUUAAAGUGGAACUCUUUGGCAAGGCCUUUGCUAGAUUCUUGAAAUAUGAGGACUACUACUCAACACUCUCCAGCUGUAAGUUCUACCUCUCCUUUGAGAACUCGGUCCACAAAGACUACAUCACAGAGAAGCUAAACGGACCACUUGCAGCAGGAACAGUGCCAGUAGUAUUGGGCCCACCGAGACAGAACUAUGAAGACUUUGUCCCAGGAGAUUCCUUCAUCCAUAUUAAUGACUUUCCCGAUGCAAAAGCCCUGGCGGAAUUCCUCCUCAAGUUGGACAAGGAUGAUGAGGCAUAUCUGCGCUACUUUCAGUGGCGUAGAAACCUUUCUGCUCAGCAACAUCUGGUUCAACUGAGUCAAGAGUUCAUCCAAGCUAUUUGUUAUGGAUGUGACCAUGUAGGACAACACAAAGAAUACCGGGUUGUUCACGACCUUUACAAGUGGUAUUUUGUGUAAUUAGUCACUUAUGAUGAGCUUUUAUCAUAAUUUGCAUGUCUAUUAUCUUCAAUAUACCAAAAAGGUAUCUUGAUUUAUUCCACAGCACAUAGGGAGUGCAUACACCGCAUCGAAUGUGUGUUUUAGUGACCAGCCGCAGAUGGGUGUCUGCCAACAUUUUCGCGAGAUUCUACAUGUAGAAUCACUUUACACUCUGUUUGUACAUUACGGCUGGUUCUCUGUUCAGAGGUGUUAAGUACUCUCGGCCGACAGACACUACCGGUGUCUCCGUGCCUUUAUACUCACAUUUGUCUAUGAAAACUUGGUAUUGGUAGACUGGCCUAAUAUACACUGCUCAAAAAAAUAAAGGGAACACUAAAAUAACACAUCCUAGAUAUGAAUUAAUGAAAUAUUCA